AUGUCUAACCCCGUUGUUCUGCACAGCAUCAGGAGAUUGGGAGAGGACAACUAUGCUUUUGACUUGGAUGGCAAAUGUAACAGCUUCAAGAAAUCAGAGAAUUUCCAUACAUAUGAAGAACCUUUUAUAGAGAAGAAAAAUAAAAAGUCAUCAGAAAAGACAGGAAAAAGUAGUCGUGUUGGCUUCUUUCAGCUGUUUCGAUUUUCUUCAUCUAAGGAAAUUUUAAUGAUGGCUGUUGGUAGUUUCUGUGCUAUUGCUCAUGGAGUAGCCCAGCCAGGUGUGUUGCUUGUGUUUGGUGCAAUGGCAGACACACUUAUUGAAUACGACAUUGAAAUGCAAGAGCUUAAAGACCCAGGCAAGACAUGUGUAAAUAACACCAUAGUGUGGAUUAAUGGUACUGUUCAUCAGAAUGAAAAGAAUGCCACAAUAAGAUGUGGUCUGCUGGACAUUGAAGAAGAAAUGACUAAGUUUGCAGGUUACUAUGGAGGGAUUGGUUGUGCUGUACUUCUGUUAGGAUACCUCCAAAUCUGCUUUUGGGUUAUGGCUGCAGCUCGUCAGAUACAGAAAAUCAGGAAAGCUUAUUUCAGGAAAGUGAUGCGAAUGGAUAUAGGCUGGUUUGACUGUACAUCUGUAGGAGAACUCAACACCCGAAUUUCUGAUGAUAUUAACAAAAUUAAUGAGGCUAUUGCUGACCAAGUAGCAAUCUUUAUCCAGCGCUUAACGACCUUUGUGUGUGGGUUCCUACUGGGAUUUGUCAGUGGCUGGAAACUGACCUUGGUUAUCAUUGCAGCCAGCCCUCUGCUUGGGGUUGGAGCGGCUGUCUAUGGCUUGGCUGUGGCAAAACUAACAGGCCGAGAAUUAAAGGCUUAUGCAAAAGCUGGAGCUGUGGCUGAUGAAGUGCUCUCAUCCAUCAGAACAGUGGCUGCUUUUGGUGGGGAGAAGAAAGAAGUUGAAAGAUAUGAUAAGAAUCUGGUGUUUGCUCAGCACUGGGGGAUUCGAAAAGGAAUAAUAAUGGGACUAUUCACUGGUUACAUGUGGCUCAUAAUUUUCCUGUGUUAUGCUUUGGCCUUUUGGUAUGGCUCUAAACUUGUCCUUGAAGAAGAAGAGUAUUCACCUGGCACUCUUCUGCAGGUAUUCUUUGGUGUUUUGGUGGGAGCUUUAAAUCUUGGCCAGGCAUCUCCCUGUCUGGAAGCUUUUGCCACUGGCCGUGGGGCUGCAGCAAAUAUUUUUGAGACAAUAGAUAAAAAACCCACCAUUGACUGCAUGUCAGAAGAUGGCUACAAACUGGAUAAAGUACGAGGUGAAAUUGAAUUUCAUAAUGUAACAUUCCAUUAUCCCUCCAGACCAGAAGUAAAGAUUUUGGAUAACCUUAAUAUGGUUAUUAAAGCAGGAGAGACAACAGCUUUUGUUGGAGCUAGUGGAGCUGGAAAAAGUACAACGAUACAACUCAUCCAGCGUUUCUAUGACCCCACUGAUGGCAUGAUUACCUUGGACGGCCAUGACAUUCGUUCCCUUAAUAUCCAGUGGCUACGCUCACAGAUUGGUAUUGUUGAACAAGAGCCAGUGUUAUUUGCCACCACAAUUACAGAGAACAUUCGCUAUGGUCGGGAUGAGGCUACCAUGGAAGAUAUAAUCAAAGCAGCUAAAGAGGCCAAUGCUUACAAUUUCAUCAUGGACUUGCCACAGCAAUUUGACACUCAUGUUGGAGAGGGUGGCAGCCAGCUGAGUGGAGGUCAAAAACAGAGGAUAGCUAUUGCUCGAGCUCUUGUGCGAAACCCAAAAAUCCUGCUACUGGAUAUGGCUACAUCAGCACUUGAUAAUGAAAGUGAAGCUACUGUCCAAGAAGCACUUCAUAAGGCUCACCUCGGCCGCACAGCAAUCUCCAUAGCUCACCGCUUGUCAGCCAUCAAAGCUGCCGACGUCAUCGUUGGGUUUGAACAUGGAAGGGCUGUGGAGAGAGGAACUCAUGAAGAACUCCUGAAGAGGAAAGGGGUUUAUUUCAUGUUGGUGACCUUGCAAAGCAAAGGAGACACAGCACUGGAGAGAGAAACAUUGGAAACAGCAGAAAAUAACAUAGUUGAGCCAAACCUUGAGAAAGUGCAGUCGUUCAGCAGAGGAAGCUACCGGGACAGUUUGCGAGCUUCACUUCGUCAGCGCUCCAGAUCUCAGCUCUCAAAUCUAGUUCCUGACCCUCCAUUAUCCAUUGCAAGAGAGCAUGCAGAGUCUACGUAUCCUUCUUAUGGAGAAGAUGAUGGACAAGCAAAAAAGGAAUCUCUUGCUGUGGAGGAAGAUGUCAAGCCUGUACCAUUUACCAGAAUUUUGAAAUACAAUGCCUCUGAAUGGCCAUACAUGGUGCUUGGAUCUCUGGCAGCAGCUGUGAAUGGAGCAGUCAGUCCUCUCUAUGCUUUGUUAUUCAGUCAGAUUCUUGGGACCUUCUCCAUUCUUGAUGAAGAACAGCAAAGAACCCAGAUCAAUGGCGUCUGCCUGCUCUUUGUCCUUGUUGGAGUUAUUUCAUUUAUCACACAGUUCCUUCAGGGAUAUACCUUUGCCAAGUCUGGUGAGCUGCUUACAAGACGAUUAAGGAAAAUUGGUUUCCAGGCUAUGCUUGGGCAAGACAUCGGUUGGUUUGAUGACCGGAAGAACAGCCCUGGUGCUUUGACUACAAGACUUGCAACAGAUGCCUCACAGGUCCAAGGGGCAACGGGAUCGCAGAUAGGAAUGAUUGUUAAUUCCUUUGCCAACAUCGGGGUGGCCAUGAUCAUCGCUUUUUACUUCAGCUGGAAACUGAGUUUAGUUAUACUGUGUUUCCUGCCCUUUUUGGCCUUAUCUGGAGCUAUGCAGGCUAAAAUGCUAACAGGGUUUGCCUCUCAGGACAAGAAAGCACUGGAAGCUACUGGACAGAUUUCCAGUGAAGCCCUCUCUAACAUCAGGACUGUAGCUGGGAUAGGGAAAGAGAAAAUGUUUAUCGACAAUUUUGAGAGGCACCUGGAUAUGCCCUACAGAGCUGCAGUCAAAAAGGCGCACGUUUAUGGAAUCUGCUUCGGCUUUGCCCAGAGCGUCGUGUUCAUUGCCAAUGCCGUCUCCUACAGAUACGGAGGGUUUCUGGUUGACACCGAAGGGCUCCAUUACAGCUCCGUGUUCAGGGUGAUCUCUUCUAUUGUGACCAGUGGAACUGCUCUGGGAAGAGCUUCUUCCUAUACCCCAAACUAUGCCAAAGCCAAGACAUCUGCUGCACGCUUUUUUCAACUGAUAGAUCGGCUUCCUGAAAUCAAUGUUUACAGUGAAAAAGGGGAAAAAUGGGAUGAUUUCAAGGGAAGCAUUGAAUUUCAGAACUGUAAAUUCACAUACCCUUCUCGGCCUGAUAGUCAGGUCUUAAAAGGACUCUCCAUAGCUGUUAAGCCUGGACAGACUUUGGCAUUUGUGGGAAGUAGUGGCUGUGGUAAGAGCACUAGUGUCCAGCUUCUGGAGCGCUUCUACGACCCUGAGCAAGGGAGUGUGUUAAUAGAUGGACACAACACCAAGAAAACAAAUGUGCAGUUUCUUAGAUCAAAAAUUGGAAUAGUGUCCCAGGAGCCUGUGUUAUUUGACUGCAGCAUUGCUGAUAACAUCAAAUAUGGCAGUAACACCAAAGAGGUGACGAUGGAAAAAGUCAUAGAAGCAUCCCAGAAGGCUCAGCUGCAUGAGUUUGUCAUGUCCCUGCCUGAUAAAUACAAAACUAAUGUUGGGGCUCAAGGGUCCCAGCUGUCUCGUGGGCAAAAGCAACGCAUUGCUAUAGCAAGGGCCAUCAUACGGGAUCCUAAAAUCUUACUACUGGAUGAAGCUACAUCUGCCUUAGACACAGAAAGUGAAAAGACUGUGCAAGCAGCACUGGAUAAAGCCAGAGAAGGGCGUACCUGCAUCGUCAUUGCCCACCGUUUGUCCACCAUCCAGAACGCUGACAUCAUUGCUGUGAUGUCUCAAGGACUCAUCGUUGAAAGGGGCACUCACGAUGAAUUGAUGGCUAUGGAAGGAGCUUAUUACAAGCUUGUUACCACUGGAGCACCAAUCAGCUGA